AUGGAGGCGGACGGGAAUAUCCUUGAGAAGAGCAGGGAGCUGAGCGAUAUUUUAAUCAAAUCCUUUAAGAAUGAAGUGGGGAGUGUGAAUUACCUGAACGAAUGCAGAAAUCGAGACUGCUCUGAAUUUUAUGGGGCGUUUUACUUGGUAUACUCCGACCUGAUAGAGAAGGACAAGAACUUGAGUGUAUUUAAAGAUCAUCUGGUUUUCCUCUCCUUCUGCUAUAUGAACAAGUUGUUGGCGAAGCACUACCAAGUUUAUCCACAGGAGAGUAAAGUGAGUAUCAGAAACAGUUUCAUUAAUAUCCUCUUUUGUUUGCCCAUUAAUUAUAACCAUGUGUUGGAUGGGAACACAUUACACGUGAAGGAAAAAUCAGUAGAAGCACUGAAGAAGAGGUUCGUUGAUGAUUUUCUGAACCCAAAUAAUAUCUUAAUGGCUGACUAUCUAAACGAGAGAGACAAUUAUUUCAUCCGUUCUUAUAUAAACUGUACGAAGAAUAAAAUGUCACAGAUAUUUAGUCACCUCUGCAUGAACAAUGAAUACUUUUACUUUAGAUAUUUUUACAACUUUUUUUUGUUCUUUGUGAAGGAGUUUCUAAGGAGGAAGUUGUCUUUACAAGGGGGGGUCGUGGAUGGAAGCUGCGAUGCUAGCAGUAGUGGUACCGAUGGUGCGUACUUCUCCACCGUGGUGCACAUCUGCCUUAACUUUCUGAGGGAGAUAUUCUACAACAUCAGCAACGAAAAUAGCAAAAACGUUCAGAAUAAACAACAGUUGAACACCUUCAGGGGAUUGAUAAUAAACGAAGCGAAUGAAUUGUUUGAAUUUCUUUCCAUUUGUUUUUAUUAUAGUCUGAGUUGUAGGAAGAAGGGAGAGUUCGAAUUACUCAUUGAGUGUGUGAAGGAACUCUUUUUCUUCUUUCCUGUGCAUCUGUUCUUCAACCAUCGGGGUGGUAGCAACUCUCCCUUGAAGUUUCUCCUAAACUUGCUCUUUGUGUGUUUCGCAGGGAAUGGGAACGCCGCACAGAACAACGCUGUGGCAAGUGGGGUUGUGACAAGUUCUGGUGAAGGAGGUGACUACCCCCCCCUCCAACUGAACGAGUUCAAUGCACUGUACAAUAGCUACCUCUCCGUGAAUGAUUUGAGUUGUGUCUCGCUGGGCGUGCAGUCCUUCCUGUCGAAAUUACAGUUGCAGGAAAAUCUCCUCCUGAUUUGUCUGAACAUUAUGGAGUACAUUUCCAGAAUAAAUGGAAAAACAUUUAUCCAGUUAGAUGAGAGCGAGUUGAUGCAAUUUCUUGAAAGCUACUUUAACAUAAGUCUUAAUGUGUUCGACGUGACAAGUUAUUCCUAUCAGAAACUCUAUAUCCGAAUGAUCCUGAACCUGUCGUCUACCCCAAUUUCUAAUUAUUUGCACGAUAAAAAGAACAAAAAAAAAUGCCUGCACAUGUACAUAAUUAAUGUAUUCAAAAAUAUCUAUCACCCAGAUGUAGAAAUACUAGCCAACGUGCUAGCCAUUUGCAAAAACAUAUUUGAGCACAACAGAGAGUUGAUAUACAUUAAAAACAGAGAUAGUGAAAUAGAUAGCCAAAAAUAUAAUAUUCACAGGAUGGAUAGAGAAGGUAUGCUAGAUCAAAAUAAUGAAAAGGUAUUUAAUCAGGAUAUACAAUUUGUCCUUAACAUAGAAGAUUUGAAAAAACUCUUCAUCCUCAUGUUCGUUCGUUUUAUAAAAAUACCUUUGCACUCUGAACAAAAUUCCUUGAACAGAAAAAUGAUGAUAAAUUUUGUUCAGAAUUUUAUUAAUGAAUAUAAUGAGGAGUGGUUUCAAACCUACUUCAGGUACGUAAAGGAUGAGUGUAUGGAGGGCGAUAAGGGGGAGGGGGGAAUGACUACUUCGGAUAAAUCUGGGCACAGUGACUACACAAAGAAUGCUCUGAAACAAAGGAUUUUUGUUCUGUUUCGUGUCCUGGUUGGACUUAACCAUGAGGUGUUCUCCAUCAUGGUAGAGGUGUUUUGCCAUUUUUUCAGAUUCUACAAAAAUAUUACCGUUGAAAAUUUGUGCAACGAGUCGAUCAAAGUGAAGGACUACUUUCUAUAUGUGUUGCUUCGUGGAUAUUGUGAGUUGCUAACUUUUUUUCUUAACACAUUGAAGGAAUGCAAAUCCAUGGUCACAGGUGGAGACACAGAGGUGAACGAGGAGGUCAUCUCCUUUCAGGCUCUUCCCCCUGGGGAGAAGGAGGCCUACUUGCAAGGAAUUAUGAACUUGAGAGAUUCCCUCUCGAAACGCAUUAUCGGGAAAAGUAGUUACGAAGAAACAGAGAUGGACAAGAAGAUGCAGGGGAUGGUCAAUUGGAAGGGAAUGAACACAGAUUGGGGGAGUUCCAAUCAGGAAGAAGAAAAUAUAGAGGAAUUAAAAAAACGGAAGGAAAAAGUCGAUCUACAGAUACACAUAAUCAGUUGCAUUCAAAAGUAUGGGGGGUCCCCGUACUAUGAAGUUAGCCCAGAUUGCAUUAACAACUUGCUAAAUUGUUAUAAGGAAAUCUUGAAUGGAGAUUUCAUCAACAUGUGUAAGAUUUCACCCGGUUUGAUCCUAUUCGAGGUGAAGAGACUGCAGUUCCUGUCGGAUAGUACCUACCUCCUACACUACAAUAAGGAGUGUGCCUUUUACAUGAUGGAGAAUUUAUUGCGGAAUAUCAUCCAGGGAGAGACGAACGGUUCGACAGAAGGACCCGACGAGAACACCUCGAUGGAGCUGAAAAAAAAUUACUUCACCAUCUUCACCUCCAUCAUCUCAAAUCUGCAACAUCUAGUGACAAACGAUAUGCUAGAAAAAAUGUUAAAUUCCUUCAUCCAGUUUAAGACGAACAGCAGUGUAUUCAAAUGUAAUAAGGAACUUUGCAUAUUCCUAUUGACCGUGAUUUCUGUGUUGAAGGUAGAUGAUUUGAAUGGAAAGGUGAUAAAUUCUUACCUAAGGGUCGUUCUGGAGGAGUUGUUUGUGUUCCUCUCUGAUAUAGCAAAGAACAUGCCAACGUUUGGGAACCUUUACGAAUUUUUGUUUGGGGACGAGAGGAAGGUCGACAUCGGCCGCAUAUUUUUGGAUGUGCUGAAGAUUGCGCAGACAUACUUCUCCGUAUUUUCCUUCCCGAAGGUGGAGUCUCGUCUUCGCGGGGUUGAUAAAAAUGGUGGCGAUGGCCAUGUAGAUGGAACUGAGAAAACCAUUUUGGAGAACGAGCGCCUGGUGCAGAAUAACGCCUUCUUGCAAAUCAGCAUGGAGCUGUUCACCAGGGUGAUGUUUGUGUACCCGGUGAUGAACGAGAUGUCGAGGAAUUGUCGAUCAUUCGAGGCACAUCCCAUGCUGUGUGCAGAGGUGAGUUACUUCCAUUUGAACAUGAGGGAGCGUGAAAUUGCGAGUUUGUGCACGCGAGUGGGUAAGGAAGGCAAAAGCGGAAAGAAGUUUAGCCUAACGUUGAAGUCUGUGCACGAAAAUAUGUGUACCGUGGUAAAGCGGUUCAUUAGUGAGGGGUAUAUAUUUCUAUACAAUGAUAUGGAGAAACUGUUCCUGGAAGUGUUGUCCCCAGCGUUUGACUAUGGCCCCUACCAUUUCAUGGGCCAAAACGUACAACAUGUGUACCUAUGCCUGAGUGAGAGGUUAAGGCAGAACCUUGCAGAACGAACCAUGAAAGAAUUAGAAGCCAAUUGGUGCGAGCAUAUCUUUGCACAAUUUGUAUUGAAGCAUUACACUUAUUUUAAGGCUAGCCUGGAGCAUAUCCAGAUGGUUAAUGAACAUCUGAACAGGCAGGAUGAUAUAAAAGAGGAGGACUACGUGAUGUAUAGUGACUUACUCUACCAUAGCAAACACUACAUAUUUACUUUUUUAAAAAUAUGCAAAAAUGUUUUCACCCUUCCAAACGAAUUUAAGAAUAACCAAGACGGAAAAUCCUUCUUCUGUCGCUUCUAUCAAGACGACAAAAAUGAAACCCUGAACAAUUUAUUCUUAAAUCUGGAGUUACUCCUUCAUAGCUAUGAUUGUAAUAUUGUGAAGAAAUCCUUAAGUCUAUUCCUGGACAUAUCGGAUUCGAUUACGCUGCUUCCAUUUGAGUCUUCUCACUUUUUGAUUUACCUGGGGAUGCUUAAACUCAUUUUCAGAUCCUUCAUACUGUUCAAUCCGCCAAUAUUAACUCUCCAACAGAAGGGCAAGGAUGGGGGUGAGGUCGUUAAUAAUUGCAACCUGCUGAAGAGAUACGAAGAGAAUAAUCCUGGGGGGAGGGGAGGGGGUAGUGGUGGUCCCCAUGGUUACCUCUAUAAUGAAUCCUUCGAAGUGUACACUGGAGAGAUGAACCUCUUUAUGAAAAACGAUCCACAAGAAUUAACUUCCUACCUAUAUGUUAUCCCUUCUGCCUUUAUUAAAAUUUGCAAGAAUUACUUUUCCCUGCAGGAGAAGGUGUACAGACUGAAGGAGAGUGGUAGCACUUCUUUGGAUGAGUUGCUCCAGUUGGACAGUGUAAAGCACUUUCUUUUUCUGUUCAAGGAUGUGGAAGGCUCCUCCCCGUUUGACUUCCGCACCAUUGUCGCUGACUUGUUCCAACAGAACGCCUGCGACUAUUUAAGGAGCGCACUCGUGCAGUGCCGCCUCCGCGCGCAAGGGUGA